AUAUUGUUUGGAAACUUUGAAUUUGGACUCAAAACUCCAACUCCAAACAUACCUAGAAAAAACCUAGAACAACCCAAAGAGGUAAAAAGGACUCAAUACUCCAAAGUCCUCUCUAUUGUGUAAAGCUCUCUCUUUUAUCUUUCUUCUCUAAGCUUCCAUUUCCUUCUUCAAUGGCCGCCACCAAUCUAUCUUCCUUCUCAUCCUCUCUCUCUAAACCAACCCCUCUUCCUCCAAACUCACCACAAACCCAUCUCUCUGUCCCCUUCAAAACCCUCCAAAACCCCUCCUUUUUUUCUCACAAAGCCUCCUUCUCUCACACCCACAAAACCUCUCUCACAGUCUCAUCCAAAAACCCCAUCUCCGAGUUUUUCACCACAAACAACACGAACCCAGAUGAUCAUUCUGUUAGUUUUGAUGAUGACGAUAAGCCACGCGAGGAGUGCGGUGUAGUUGGAAUAUAUGGUGACUCAGAAGCCUCUAGGCUUUGCUAUCUAGCUCUCCAUGCUCUCCAACACCGUGGCCAGGAAGGUGCUGGCAUCGUGACCGUCCAAAACGACGUGCUUCAGUCGGUUACAGGCGUUGGAUUGGUCUCUGAGGUGUUCAGUGAAUCAAAGCUUGAUCAAUUGCCUGGAGAUUUGUCUAUUGGACAUGUAAGGUAUUCAACAGCAGGGGCAUCUAUGUUAAAAAAUGUUCAACCUUUUGUUGCUGGGUACAGGUUUGGCUCUGUUGGGGUUGCACAUAAUGGUAAUUUAGUGAAUUAUCGUUCACUUCGUGCUAAGCUUGAAGAAACUGGUUCAAUUUUUAAUACUAGUUCUGAUACUGAGGUUGUUCUUCAUUUAAUUGCUAUUUCAAAAGAUAGACCUUUUGUUAUGAGGAUUGUGGAUGCUUGUCAGCAAGUUGAGGGUGCUUAUUCAAUGGUUUUUUUGACUAAAGAUAAGCUUGUUGCUGUGAGGGACCCUUUUGGUUUUAGGCCUUUGGUUAUGGGGAGGAGGAGUAAUGGUGCUGUGGUUUUUGCUUCUGAGACUUGUGCACUUGAUUUGAUUGAGGCUACAUAUGAGAGGGAAGUGUUUCCUGGUGAGGUUGUGGUGGUUGAUAAAACUGGGAUUCAAUCACUUUGUUUAAUGCCUCAUCCUCAGCCAAAACAAUGUAUCUUUGAGCAUAUUUACUUUGCUUUGCCUAAUUCUGUGAUUUUUGGGCGUUCUGUGUAUGAGUCUCGCCGAAGGUUUGGGGAGAUACUUGCAACUGAGUCACCUGUUGAUUGUGAUGUUGUGAUAGCAGUGCCAGAUUCUGGGGUCGUGGCUGCACUUGGUUAUGCUGCCAAAGCUGGGGUUCCAUUUCAGCAAGGUUUGAUAAGGUCACACUAUGUUGGGAGGACUUUCAUUGAACCAUCACAGAAGAUUAGGGACUUUGGUGUGAAGCUUAAGUUAUCACCGGUUCGAGCAGUGUUGGAGGGAAAGAGGGUUGUGGUUGUGGAUGACUCAAUUGUGAGGGGAACAACAUCUUCAAAGAUUGUUAGGUUGAUAAAGGAGGCUGGGGCUAAAGAAGUUCACAUGAGGAUUGCAAGCCCACCGAUUAUCGGGUCUUGUUAUUAUGGAGUGGAUACACCUAGUUCAGAGGAGUUGAUUUCUAAUAGGAUGAGCACGGAGGAGAUUAGGGAAUUUAUUGGGUCAGAUUCACUUUCUUUUCUUCCCAUUGGUAGUCUGCAGAAGUUGUUGGCUGAAGAUGCACCCAAUUAUUGUUAUGCUUGCUUCUCUGGCAAGUAUCCUGUUGAGCCUAGGGAGCUUAAGGUGAAAAGGGUUGGUGAUUUUGUGGACGAUGGGAUAAAUGGGAGUUUUGAAUCCAUUGAUGGGGGUUGGGUCCAAGCAAAACCAAAGUCAGAAUUGGAGAACAAGAUGUAGGGCUAUCAGAUAUGAGAGGCAGUGAGCGACAGAUUUCUUCAGUGGUCUCUACUUACAGUAUUAUGUGCUUCCUCAAUUCACUUUGGAACUGAAAGCUUAAGGCUUAUACAAUUUUGUUAGUUCAUGUUAUUCAGUUUUGAAUCUGACUUAUAUUUGGGUUUUAUGCUAGAACUUCUUUGACA